AUGGUGAUGCUGUGCUUUCUGUUAGACUUACGAACCUUACCGCCAUCAUUACUUCGAGAUCUAAGACAGUCGUUACUUCAGUUAGCCAAUUUCUACGCGAUUUCAAACCCUAGCGGUUACAAAUCGAUCUCAAAACCGAAACCGAAUUCGAAAUCACUCAUCGAUAAGAUCGGACUUUGCUACGUGUUUAGGAAUAGAGUUUCCGGUUCCACCGAGAUGAAGGUGGCAUAUAGGCCGAGUGGAAGUUUCAGUCUUCGUGAUUUUCAUCAUGCGGUUAACAACUUGCCUAUUGAUGCUUUCUUGCCAGAACUCAACAAUAAUGUAGCUGUGCCUUUUUCUGAUGUCCACCUUCCAAGUGUCCUUAGCGAUAAAGUUCUAUACUCAUGGGGAGGUGACAACACAGAUGUUGGACGAAAAGUUAUUGUUAUUAGUGCAUGUCUACUUGAAAACCUAGACUCUGUGACGAAGAAGACCUUGAUAGAUGCAGCAGACAAAUGUGUUUCAGUGGAGUUUGUAUUAUUGGAGCAAGUGUCAACUGGUCUUGGUGAUCUUUCCGAAGGCAUGAAUAACUUUGUCAACAACAUAAGCGAUCUUGAGAAUUGUUCGUUACGUAAACGUCUUCCAGUGCUUUUACAUUACGCUUUUGCAGAGGCAACGGUGUUGUGUGGGCUGGUGAAAGAAUGGCUGCAGGACUUGAGGAACGAAUCAGAACAACUGCAGGCUCGUCUCAAUUUUAAGAAAAAUGUUUUUGGCUCAUUAAACCAAAUAUGCUGCAAUCUGUUUUCAUCUUUCAAUCACAUCAUUGAUGAGUUUGAGCCAUGCCAGGUAUGUAGAUGUCAUGGCUAUCCCUUGAGUGAUGAACAUGGAAAUAAAAUGAAGUUGACCUGCUGUCCAUUCACUGGCAAUGAGCUUGGUACACUUGACUUGAUUGCAAAUUCUAUGAAGGUUGGCGAGCAAACAGUACUGCUUAUGCCAUCCUUUCACUUUUAUACGAAGUUGCAGCACGUGACCGAACCUAUUGACUUUAGCAUCAUUGACAGAACCAACUUAGGGUCCUUAAGCGAAGGGUUGAUUGUGGGGACCCCCUUUGUUGUUGUGCCGUCUACUUCCAACGAAUUGGAUGACACUGACCAGGCAGAGUUAAACAACCAAGUCUUCCAAGGGAUUUGCAGUACUCUACAUUCUCUUGAUCAGGGGUUUGUUUGCUCAUCCAAAUGUAAUAUAGAGACUAUGAGGGAGACAACAUUCAAGUGUUAUUACAUACUUCUGCCUUCAGAAAAUGGAGCAAUGCUGCUUAGGAGACUUGCAGGAUCAGAAGAAGUGAUACCUGUCCCUGAUGUUAGCCAAUCAUUUGAGCCUACAGAAGCUAAGGAUAUUAGAGCUUCAGUAAAAGCCUCUUUGCUUGAGAUUGAAGUAUGCGAUUACAAUCCCAUCCUGCAUGAAAGGGGAUUCCAUCAAAAGCUAAAUGUGCUUGUGAAAGAAAGCUUGCAUUUUGGGUCAUUACCUGCCAAAUCAGAAGAGUUACCUCCUGAAUCAACUUCAACUCAAGGAGAGUCAUUAAUUAAAUCUGGACCUUCAAAGCAAGCAAUGGAUAUAAUAAGCGUUGAAGAGGAAAUCCCAAAGUCAGAUUUGAAAUCUGAACGAGAUAAAAUCACUGCACGCAUUACAGAAGAAUGGGAGCAACUAAUUGUUAAUGAAAUUCCAAAUAUCAGCUCUCCCAGUUGUGUUUCUAAACCCACAUUGGAUCAUUUGGCCCAUAAACCGCUUGAGAGUACUAAACCAUUGGACGAGAAGACUUCAAGGAUAUUAGAGAGACUAGAAGUACCAAGAAAGCUAAAAGCUAAAUUAGCUUCACCAGUAGCUAUUUCAAGUAGUGCUGCCACCAUUGAUGCAUGCAUUCUGACAAAGAAGCCUCUCAUUCCAUUUCAGCCGACUCAAACCUCAGAUACAGGAACAGUUGCAAGCCAGCCAAUGAAACCCAACUUCCAAAGGCUAAAAAGGAAACAUAGAGUGUAGAUUGGUUCCACAAGCUGAGAGUUAUGAGAUCUGUUUGCUGUCUUUUUUGCAGGUAAGCCUUCUUUUACAUAUCAUAGUAUGUUUGAUUCUUGCAUGCACUACUUGAUUGAGAUUGAUUUUGCGACAUGUCUCUGGAAUGCUGUUGAAACUGAUUAUAAAUGAUAAGAACUUACAGUCCUGCAUGUCUAAAUCCACAUCUGCUAUGU